AUGGCGAAUUCAGUAUCCGAUUCGGCUCAACAACCUGACCAAUACAACAAUCCUUACUUCCUCCAUGGCACGGAUCAUGCUGGUUUGAUAUUAGUCUCGGAUAGGUUGACUACCGGUGCAGAUUUUAAUUCAUGGCGCAGGUCCAUGCGAAUGGCUCUUAAUGUCAGGAACAAAUUGGGUUUUAUUGUUGGUACGAUCUCUAAACCAUCCUCAGAUCAUCGUGAUUAUGGUUCUUGGAGUCGUUGCAACAAUAUGGUCUCCACCUGGUUCAAACAAGAUGAUGCUCCGAGAGUUUAUGAAAUAGAGCAGAAGCUGAGCUCAAUUCAUCAAGGAGCGAUGGAUGUGACUGCUUAUUACACUGAAUUGGUAACUCUCUGGGAGGAACUAAAGAACUAUGUAGAACUACCUGUUUGUACAUGUGGGAAGUGUGAGUGUAUUGCUGCUUUGUUGUGGGAGAAACUACAACAGAGGAGGCGUGUGACUAAAUUCUUGAUGGGUUUGAAUGACUCUUAUGAAGCCACUCGCCGUCAUAUCUUGAUGAUCAAACCUAUGCCUUCUAUUGAGAAUGCUUUUCACAUGGUGACUGAAGAUGAGAGGCAACGAAACAUCGCUAAACCUACUCGGACUGAUGGUGUCGUUUUUCAAACUUCUGGUCCUCCUACCUAUGAUGGUCCGGCGGAUAAUAUGGCUUAUUCUGUUCAGAACACUUAUCGUCCAAGGCAAUCCUGUCCUCUCUGUACUCAUUGUGGCAUAUCAGGUCAUGUAGUUCAGAAAUGUUUCAAGUUACAUGGAUAUCCUCCUGGUUAUAUACCUGGUUUCAAGAGCAUUUCUUCUGGUUGUCACUCUCAACGUAUGGUUAAUCCACAGAGUGUUCAACAAAAAGGACAUUCUCAGUCUAUUGCUUCACCACAUCAGCCGAGGGCUCAUGCAGUUGCGAACAUCACAUCUUCUUCACCAUAUGUCCCUCCUCCGGCUUUAAAUGCAAUUAAUCUGGAUGUUAGCAAGAUGACCUCUGACCAGAUGCAAACUCUGAUCCAACAACUCUCGACGCACAUGCAACUUCCAGAAAAUCAAGCUCCUUCCAAGGUUUCUUCCAUUUCUGAACAUGGUGCUAUGGCUAUUCAAUCCUCUGAUGAUUCUGGUGCUACCACGCAUGUUUGUUCUGAUUUGGCUUUGUUUAGAGAGACUAUUCCUGUUUCUGGUGUAACGAGUGUUCAACAAAAAGGACAUUCUCAGUCUAUUGCUUCACCACAUCAGCCGAGGGCUCAUGCAGUUGCGAACAUCACAUCUUCUUCACCAUAUGUCCCUCCUCCGGCUUUAAAUGCAAUUAAUCUGGAUGUUAGCAAGAUGACCUCUGACCAGAUGCAAACUCUGAUCCAACAACUCUCGACGCACAUGCAACUUCCAGAAAAUCAAGCUCCUUCCAAGGUUUCUUCCAUUUCUGAACAUGGUGCUAUGGCUAUUCAAUCCUCUGAUGAUUCUGGUGCUACCACGCAUGUUUGUUCUGAUUUGGCUUUGUUUAGAGAGACUAUUCCUGUUUCUGGUGUAACGGAGUUUAUUCAGGGCUUGAUGAUUGGUAAAGGCAUCCUACUGCAUAAUCUCUACAUCUUGCAACUUGACUCUCCUGCACCACAUACUUCGUCUUCUUUAGCAUCUUCUUCUUCGCAUUUCUUUGGAUCCUUGACGGUUGAUGGGGAUCUCUGGCAUACACGCCUUGGACAUCCAUCUUCUGACAAGUUACAACACAUUCCGGGUAUUGUCUCGAAGUCUAAAAAGAAUUCUUCACCUUGUCAUGUUUGUCAUUUAGCUAAACAAAAAAAGAUUGUCUUUUGA